AUGACCCGGGUUGACGACGGUCGAUGUCAAGAUGAGCCAGACCAACUUGGUUCCGAUGCCGACACUGAGAUAAUGACUACACCAGAGUUUUGGGGAUCCUUGACCAGUGGAAACUUCGCCCAUCUGGGGGAGCAUGAAGCAGCUAUUGAUCCGUUUUCUAUUCAUGUGUCCAUCAGGUCGCCAGUCCAUGAGGAUCUCACAGGCCUUCCGUCAUUCGAACAGUUUCAACCGGACCGCAAAGCAUUUCAAUUCACUGGGAAUUCAUUUGAAAACUCCUUUGGGGCAGCAAGGAUUGAAAGCGCUAUGAAGGGGUACGAAGGGAGCGAGCAAAGCACGAAUCAAGGAAAAACUUCUGGGACCGAGGAACCCAAGAAGGACCGCAGUAUGCCUGAUAGUUUUUCGGUAACCCGCAACGCUGCCCCACAAGAAAUAUCAAUUCAAGCGGAUAAUACCUUCAGGAAGGGCUUUUCAAGUGGCCCCUAUGAUAUAGGACUUACAAACCCCAGAUCAUCGCUUGAAGCAGCGGAUAACACCAACAAAGCCCGGUCCUUAGGCAAAACUGCCUUGACCUGGGGUUCUUCCGUAUCUACUGCUAUUGGCGAUGAACUAGCGGCAAUUCACGAUCACAUGGAGCACUGUCGGAACGCAGAUUGUCUACAGGCUAAAGCAUUUUUUGAUGGGAUUCAGCUCCCUCGUUAG